AUGUCGGUCGUCGGAAUCGAUUUCGGCAACUCGAACAGCUACAUCGGCGUCGCUCGGCAGGGCGGAAUCGAUGUGAUCGCCAAUGACUAUUCUCAUGGUUGUUUCAAGAAUACGUUGAUCAACUUCAAACACCUGAUCGGGCGGAAGUUCAAUGAUCCAAUCGUGGAAAAAUUUGGUCCCUACAUUCCGUGUGAACUGGUCGAGCUUUCCGAUGGAGAUGUUGGCUUUAAGGUCAAUCAUCUUGGGAAAGAAGGCACUCAGACGCCCGAACAAGUCUUGGGCGCCCUCUUGACGAAAAUGCGGGACACCGUUGCUGCCAAUAGCGAAAAGGGCACGAAAGUUCACGACAUCGUUCUCGCUGUGCCUUCCCAUUUCACCGACGUUCAGCGUCGCGCUGUGCUGGCGGGCGUGCAAACGGCUCAGCUGAACCCUCUUCGCUUGAUCAAUGAAUCCACGGCGAUCGCAUUGGCUUACGGCAUCUACAAACAAGAUCUUCCGGCAGAGACCGAGAAGCCUCGGAUUGUCGCGUUUUUGGACUGCGGGCAUUCUUCUACUCAGGCUUCUCUCGUGUCCUACCAUAAAGGAAAGCUACAGAUGUUGGGCACCGCAUUCGAUCUCGACGUCGGUGGGCUUUGGUUCGACGGCUUGUUGCGUGACCAUUUCCGCAAAGAAUUUUCCGACAAAUACAAGAUCGAUGCUUCGAAAAAUCCAAGUGCAUGGCUCCACCUUCUCGACGAAUGUGAGAAAGUGAAGAAGCAGAUGUCGGCUAACGAAACAGCUCCGCUCAACAUCGAAUGCGUUAUGGAGGAUAAGGACGUGUUCGGAUCGAUGAAGGUGGAGCAGUUCGAAGAAGCCGCCCGGCCAUUAUUUGAGAAGAUUCAAGCCCUCCUGGGGCGUGUGCUCUCGGAUGCGCAAGUGAAGCCGGAAGAUGUCGAAAGCGUUGAAAUUGUCGGAGGUUCUUCGCGCAUUCCCUACGUUCGCAAGAUUGUCCGCAACGUCUUCGGCCAAGACCCCAAAUCGACUUUGAACCCGGAUGAGGCCGUCUCGCGCGGAGCCGCCAUGCAGUGUGCUCUUCUUUCCCCAGCUUUCCACGUUCGUGACUUCCAAAUCAAGGACUGCCAGCCAUAUUCGAUCCGUCUCGAUUGGGGAGAGGCCAACAAUGUGGAUGAAGGACAAUCGGAUGUGUUCAAGGAUCAUGAUGGUGCCGAGAAAGAGAAAGCGGAUGCCAAGAACGACGAAGAACUGCCCCCUGACGUUGCCAAUUUUAUCCUCGACUAUAGCCCGCUCACCACGAACACCUUUGAGGAGAUCCUCGAGGAGCUGCGUGAACCG